ACAAUCAUGGCGCCGCUGAUGCAUGCCUUCCUUUCCUUCCUUCCUGUGCGGAUCUCGGUCUCCGAGUGGAUAAGCACACAACAAGCUAGGGCGCACAUGUGCCUGCGACGUUACCUGUAGCAUCAGCAGCGUCAGGUUGUUGAUUCGCUAAGCUGCCCUGCCCCACAUAUGGAUUUCCCCACCCAGACCGGACCGGACCGGACCAGGGGUAAUUUAACACUUUAUUUGGGCAGACAGACAGGAGAGACGCUACUUGUUGCUGUCCAUUAUGGUAUGGAUGGUCUGCGUGCGUGCCGGCCGGCUGCACCAGUUGCGUGUAUGCAAUUGCAAUGCAAGCAAUACACCCAGCAUGGACGCUUGGACGGACGGACGGAAACCGACGGAUGGUACCGACUACCGAGCGAGCGGCGUGCUGCGUGCGCCACUGCAAGACUCUUCUGCUACGGUGCUCGCUUCUCUGUCUCGGUCGGCGGACUCUGUCGCUCCUCCUCCUAGCGCGAGCGAGCGAGCUAGCUCACCUACUCUGUGGCUGGACCUCGCGCGCGGGAUGGCGCCGUCGUCCUCGCCCUCGCCUUCGGCGGCCGGCUCCCACGCGGGCCUCGCCAUCGCGGCCACCGCCAUGGCGCUCUCCGGCACGCUCGUCCUCUACUCCCUGUGCCGCGCGAAGCAGCAGCGCCUGGUGCUCCCCUCCUCUUCCUCCGACGACGCCCCGUCCCCUCGCCCUCGGCUCCGCCCGUGCCUCUCCUCGUCCGAGAAGCGCAAGAAGAAGAAGCGGGAGAUGGCGCGCCGCGGCAGCCAGAAGCGGGUGCGCUUCGCGGACGACGUCGUGGGCAGGGACAAUGCCGCCUCCGCCGCCGCCGCCGCGCCAAGGGAGGAGGCCGAGCCGUCGUGCGCCGCAGCGCUCAGGACGCCCAUGCCGGCCAACCGGGAGGCGCUGUACCGCGGCAUGCUCCGCGGCCGCUCCAUGCUCAGGGUCGCCUGCUCCUACUAGCUAGCUACAGUAGCACCACCGUGCCGGCCCCGACGUAACCCGCUCCACUCCAUUAAUCUGUGUGUGUGUGUGUCUCUCUCUCUAUCUCUUGUGUACGUUGCGUGCUGCCAACUAGUGGCGCCGCCGGCCAGUUAAUCCGGGCCUAGCUAGCUCUCUCCCUCGCCCAUUGCCGGGAAAGUUUUGUAAUUAAUUAGUGGCCGUCCCGCGAGGGAGCUUGUGGUCCGCGCGUGCGUCUUGGUACGUGCUGUGUUGUCUGCUGGUUAGCUUCCUUUUCUUCCUUUCUUUCUUGUACAUUAACACGUCCUGAGUGAUGAGCAGCGAACGAUUCCUCGCUGUCAACGCUUCCAUCCA